UCUUUUCUGUUGAUAUUUUGCAGUGAUUGUACAAGAUAAUAAAUAGUAAAAUGCAGCCUAAUAACUAUGUAUCACCACCCAGUUCUGUAUAUUCAUAUCCUGGGUCAUCUCACACUGGCCGAAGUUUGAAAAGUUCACAUAGUCAGGGAUCUAUAAAUGAUUAUUCUUAUACAAUGGAAGAUGUGCAAUUCUCUGGAGUUGGUCGUAAAGCAUGUGCAACUGGCAUGGAAAAGUGUAAGAAAUACAUGAGACGAAUAUUCAAAUUUCGACAAAUGGAUUUUGAAUUUGCACUCUGGCAAAUGUUGAAUCUGUUCAUUGCUCCUCAUAAAGUAUACAGAAACUUCCAAUACAGAAAACAAACAAAAAAUCAGUUUGCAAGAGAUGAUCCUGCUUUUUUAGUUCUGAUGAGCAUUGCGUUUUGUGUUACUUCUAUCGGAUUCGGACUUACUAUGGGACUAUCUUGGUUCAAGAUAUUCAAGCUUCUGUUGUGGGUUGUUUUCAUAGACUGUAUUGCUGUUGGAAUACUUAUUGCUACUGCUAUGUGGUUAAUCAGCAAUAAAUAUCUUGUUCGGUACAUCAAGGGGGGUGCUGAUGUUGAAUGGGCUUAUGCAUUUGAUGUUCACUUGAAUGCCUUCUUUCCUGUGUUGAUGAUUUUACAUUGCCUGCAAUUGUUUUUCAUAAAUCCUCUUAUUGUGAAGGAUUGGUUUCUUUCUGUAUUGGUGGGAAAUACAUUCUGGCUUGCAGCACUCGGAUAUUAUGUUUAUAUCACUUUUUUGGGAUAUAAUGUUCUACCAUUCGUGAAGAAAAGCAUUGUCCUGCUUUCUCCAUUACUCUUACUGGGAACAACUUAUUUCAUAUCGCUUAUCACUCGAUGGAACAUCACUAAAGCAUUACUCUGGUUCUAUGAGAACAGGGUGUGAACAGAUAUUACACAAAAUUAUUUUGUCUACACUAUCUUAUCAAAUGUGCAACAAUGCAUCAAAAUCCAGCAACUGAAAGUCUAUUUCACUCUACUGAGUUAUAUAAACCAAGGAUGAUUAUCAAAACUAUAUUUAUUAUUCCACUCUAGCUGGCUGUUAUAUCUUUUGGUGAAGUGAUUUGGUUUUGCAAGUAAUAUGAGUAGUAUAACCUUGCUAGUAUAUGUAGCUACCUUGCUAUGAAAGUUUCGUGCUUUUUCUAAGAAUAUGAGCAUGGGUGAUAUCACGGAAAGACUGAAGUUGUGAGAUGAUGUAGUCAAGCUAGGAAAAGGUCGCAUAUUAUACAUGCAUGCCUAUGUUCAUAAUUUUGUCCACUUAUACAUUUACAGACCAAAUGAUUUUCCAUGCCAUCUGAACAAGUCGCUGGUGCGCUUAUUUUUAUAUGACUCUAGAAUAUUCUUUUCAAUUUUUCAGUCUUGUGAAAGUAUAUUUAUUGUAAAUACAACAUGCUUUAUUGGAAAA